CCAAUCAGAAGACACCAUCUGUAAACAUGGCGUCUGGCUUCAGGUGGAGAUGUGUGGUGCUCCUGCUCUGCACGUAUUUUCUUUGUAUUUUGGCGACAGACAGCAAAGCUAAGCCUAAGAAAAAGAAGGACAUCAGAGACUACAAUGACGCAGACAUGGCACGGCUGCUGGAGCAGUGGGAGGAGGAUGAUGACAUUGAGGAAGGUGACCUCCCGGAGCACAAAAGGUCUCCUCCACCCAUCGACUUCGCUAAGGUGGACCCGUCCAAGCCCGAGGAGCUGCUGAAGAUGUCCAAGAAGGGCCGGACUCUGAUGGUUUUUGCUACAGUGUCGGGGGAUCCCACUGAGAAAGAGACGGAGGAGAUCACCGGUCUGUGGCAGGGCAGCCUCUUUAACGCCAACUUUGAUAUUCAGAGGUUUGUGGUGGGCUCCAACAGGGUGAUCUUCAUGCUGCGGGACGGCAGCAUGGCCUGGGAGGUCAAAGACUUCCUGGUGGCCCAGGAGCGCUGUAUGGACGUUACUGUGGAGGGACAGGUGUUCCCUGGGACAGCAGCCAAGAAAGAUGACGCCAAAUACAAGCAGCAGAAUGAAGUCAACAGCAAGAAGAAGAGCAAGAAGAAGACAGAGAGCAAGAAGCCUGACCUGGAGGGGAACAGCGCUAGCCAUCUCAAACAGGAGCUGUGAUGCAGUAACGCAGGAGAUGAGGGGCUCACAGGUCCCUUUCUUCUGGACUCUUGACAUGUGACAGCCUCAGACUCUGGCAGCAUGCCUAUUGUUACCAGCAAUCUGUGAGAGGCUGCAGGAGCACAUGACGAGACCGUGGUUCAAAGUCUACUGGGUUCAUUAACCUUGACUGCUGAGCUGUCCCUCAUUGGUGCAGUGACAAUUACAUUCUUCAAAUCAUCAUCCACUCAGUGGUAAAAAAAAAAAAAAAGCUCUUUAAAAUCUGUUGCCUUCUUUUGUUAUUUUCUGAUCAUCAUCAAAUGAAAACCCACAUAUGUGCAUAUUGUUUGAAAGGUACACAAGAUAAGCAUCAUUAAAUGUAAUUCUCUAUGCCAGGAGCCAUGUGAGGUGUGAAAGUGGUUUUCCUGGUACAGACAGUGGAGCCCCUCAUCAGACCUUCAGGUCCUAGUCUGUGUUAGACUCUGUUCAGGUCCGGCUGCACUUCAAGAUUUGAUGCAACGGCAGCACUCACGUUUUCUGUUAGAUUUUUCACUGAAUAUGAAAUAAAGAUUUUUAUAAAAUAGA